CGUGACUGCGGUCAUAUGAUAAGAGCGGGAAGUUCCGCGGCGUUGUCUGUGUUUGUGUCCUGGGUGAGAGGAGAGACCCCCCAGCUCGAGUCUCAGCACCUGACCGGCUCUAAGUGUGGGGUUUCCUGCGUCCAGGUCUUUAAUCGCAUCCAAGUAACUUCAUCCCGGAAGUGCGGGAUGAAGGCGUUCUUGCUGACUCUGGUGGUCUUGUGCUGCUUCGGUGGUUCUGUAGGAGACACUCCAGCCAACUGUACUUAUGAAGAGCUGCUGGGAACCUGGAUCUUCCAGAUCUCUAAUGUAGGACAAAACAAGACCAUUGACUGCUCCACUGCUGGCCCGACAGCCAAGUCUGUGACUGUGCAUUUACAGAAAUUAUCUCAUGCUGUUGAUGAUCUUGGAAAUAUUGGCUUCUUCACCAUCAUCUACAACCAGGGCUUUGAAGUGGUGCUUAAUGACUACAAAUGGUUUGGCUUCUUCAAGUAUUCCCAGAAGGGCUCUGUAGUGACGAGUUACUGCGAUCAGACGCUUCCCGGUUGGGUUCAUGAUGUCCUGGGGAACAACUGGGCCUGUUUCACUGGGAAGAAAGUUCAACACGUGGCUCCAAAGACCUCCUACAGCCCUGGACCCGAACCGUUCCUGCAGCUUUACAUGCACGAGAUGAGUUUUGUGGAGCGCAUUAACUCCGCGCAGAGCUCAUGGAGAGCCACGACCUACAGAGAGCACGAGCUCCUCACCAUCCAGGAGUUAACACGUAGAGCCGGAGGACGCAAGUCCCAGGUUCCACGGUGUGCGUGUAAACACCGCCCCAUCACCCCUGAGCUUCGCAAGAUGGCCGCUGGUUUGCCAGAGCAGUGGGACUGGAGGAAUGUGAACGGAGUAAACUAUGUCAGUCCAGUACGCAAUCAAGCUUCGUGUGGAAGCUGCUACUCGUUCGCCACUAUGGGGAUGCUGGAGGCACGAAUCAGAGUUCAGACCAACAACACGCAGCAGCCGAUCUUCAGCCCUCAGCAGGUGGUCUCCUGCUCGCUGUACUCCCAAGGUUGCGACGGCGGUUUCCCGUACCUGAUCGGAAAAUACGUGCAGGACUUCGGCGUCGUCGACGAGCAGUGUUUCCCGUACACCGGCAAAGACUCUCCGUGCUCCGUCCCCUCCGACUGUCCUCGAAGUUACAUCUCCGACUACCACUACGUAGGAGGCUUUUACGGCGCCUGCAACGAGGCGGCCAUGAUGACCGAGCUGGUGAGGGACGGCCCCAUGGGCGUGGCGUUCGAGGUGUACCCCGAUUUCAUGCACUACAAAGAGGGAAUCUAUCAUCACACGGGCCUGCGUGACUCGAUCAACCCUUUCGAGCUGACCAAUCACGCGGUGCUGCUGGUGGGCUAUGGGCGGAGCCAGGAGACUGGCGAGAAGUACUGGAUCGUGAAGAACAGCUGGGGAACCGACUGGGGCGAAGACGGCUUCUUCCGCAUCCGCCGCGGGACGGACGAGUGCGCCAUAGAAAGCAUCGCCGUAGCGGCUAAGCCUGUCGCUCAGCUCUGAGGUCACUUCCUGUUCGGUUCGGUGCACGCCUGCUCUCGCUGCUUCUUCUUUUGAUUUUUUUUAAAGGGAAAUUUUUAUUAAAAAAGUAGCUAAAAAUGCGACGAUCCGUCGUGGCCCAAAUCCCAACGUUCAAAAGCUUCAUUAUUUAAAAAAAUUUUAAAUGGUGAUUUCAUCAUGAAAUUGUUCUGAUUGGUCGUUUCACGUCACUGCGGUGCCUUAAAUUUUAAGGACUGAUCUGCUUUAUUCUUCCUGCUGCUUCAGCAAAAACUGUUUGGUUGUUUUUUUUUUUCCUUUUUGGCUCUGUCCCAAUCCCCUUUCCUCACUUUCAGUCUAAUAACUGACCCUUGUUCCUGUAGCUUGUUUGCUCUUCCAGGUUUUAAAAGGGAAGCAUUUUUGUUUGUUUUUUUGGCCACUUUGCUCAGGGGUUGUAUACAUAUUUUUGGCACACACACUUGUGCACACGCAGCAUUUCACCAGAAUUAUUGUUCUCACUGUCCUUUGGUUAAUAUUUAGACUUUUUUUUCUAAAAAUAUAUAUAUAAACAUGAUCAAUUUUAUCUACGUUUUAUUUGUACAAUAAAUGCUACCUUUUUAAAAAUUA